AUGUUCGGGAUAAUUCUUAGGACCACGAAAGGCAUGGAGCAGUUGAUAGCCUACGGAUCGAUCGAAAACUUGCCACUCUACAACUGCAGGUUCGUUUUAUGCCCCAAAAGCAAGGCCUAGGAUAUUAUCAAUCAAGUGGAGAUUUUUCAGUGAUCACACUUUGGAAGAAUGGGCCGAAUUGCAAAGUCGCCCUAAUGUCAAACUAGGGAUCCUUCAUGUUACCUAUGGCGUCAUGAUAGAGGUGAUAAGAGUUAUUUUGAAGAACCGUCAAAUUUUCAGAUCCUCUACAUCCCAUGUUUGGCGGUAAUGCUGAAAAAGGACUACUUCAAGCAUUCCUGCUUCAAAAUUAUGUCUUUUCUUGGCCUCGUCGACAUGGGCAACAUAGGUAAGUGUUUCAUUUUUUUUUUCGAUUCUCUUUCAAGUGAUAUACAUUAAUGAAAAAAUACUUUUCUGCUCUCCAAAUGCAUAAAUUGAUUUCUUCUAAAAGCCUUUUUUGUUUCGAAACUCGACCCCACGUGCUUUCUUUUUCGAACGGGGUUUCCUACUUAUUCUCAUAAAGCCGUUGAGAAUGAGAAGAGAAAGGUUCGCCAACUCCAAAAAAAUGCAAAAAAACGAAUAUGUAAAGUUUGGUCUAUCGAAUUGUUAAAUUACUCAAGGCAAAGGUUUAGUUGCACUUUUUUUUCAAUACUAGCGACGAAAUCAAUUUGAAAAGUUGCUUAUUCUCGCAGAAAAACUGGAAAUCAGAAAGAAAAUCAUAAACAGAUUCUCAUGUAAAUCGGAAGGCUGAAAAAAAAAAUUAUUCUUAGAGCUGUUCCUCACAUUCUUUUUUAAGUUGCAAACUCAAUCCUGCACGGAUCUUGGCUCAUCAAAGGCGUAUUUUUCUGCCAGUACCCAACUUUUCUUUACGUUUCCGGAAGUUACGUAGUGGGUGAGUCAAGGAAAUUCUCUCGAAUACUUCUGAAAAAAUAACUUGAAGGAAUUUGGGCCUGUGAAUGUAUGACGGCAUUGUUACUGGCUUCGAAUAGAGUUCUAGACAUUGUCUGGAACAAGAAAUACGACUUCAUAUUCGAAGGGUGCGUCAAUAGAACGUUUUAGAUAAAACUAGGAGAUUUCAGAAAGUUCCUGAAAGUACUUUUUUUGCUGCCAAUCAUCUAUGGCCUCUAUUUUUUUUUCUUCACGACACCUGCCAUUUUCAACUCCCUUUAUGGGUUAUGGCUUUUUGAUCCUCUCGUCUUCGGAACUAAAUCAAACGAGGUGAGAAAACUUGAAUGAAUUUUCAAGUAAUUCAUUUUCCAACAGUACAAGAACGUAUCGCAUUCGGUGAACAAUAUCCUGGUGGUAUUGGUCAUUUGCUCAUUAUAUUUAGUAUUUUUCUGUGGUGUAGACGGCCGAUUGAAAGGACAGAGCAACCAGAGAGCGAAGUUCCAGAGACAGGUUUGGUCCAUUUAGCACCGAUUUCACCUCCUUUUUUGGCUAUUUUUACUCAUCAGAUCUUCAUCCAAACAUUCCUAAUCUGCGCCGUCAACCUAUUCGCCUCGACCGCCUACGUUUUCGUUCAAUUUUUCUCGGUCCCGCCUUGGUUUGGAAUAGCGGUUCAUACAUGUUGGCAACUCGGAACAGGUUUCUUUUACUCUUUCCAUGAAACUUCAAAUUCUUCAGGAGUCCCAGUUUUUUUCUACUUUAUGAUCAACAAGACGAUUCGGGAUGAAAUAUUUGGCUUCUUCAAAAAAGUGAGUGUCAGAAAAAUUUAAAUGAUGAUCUUUUUUUUUGCGGAAAUUGAUGGAAAAAACGUCGUCUAUCGUCGAGCCGAGAAGUCUUGCCCUAUAUAUGUGAUAAAGUUUUCAGUCAGAAUAAAUCGUUAAAACUUUAUCGACCCCUAAGUAGUUGUACUCUUAUUAAUCUAAGCUAAAAAAAAUUAACGACUCUUUUAGCAAAAAAAAAAAUCUCAAUGCAGAGCAGUUAUAUUGAAUCUAUCAGAACACGUACUGCCCAGUGCAACCGACUGAAAAACUACUUGCGCUGAAAUAUAUCCUAUAACGCUAAAAGUCGAUCAAAUUUAAAACCGGCCAUGCAGCUUUUUCAAGUUUUCAUAAAUCAAAAUAGAUGUUUUUCAUUGAUAUAUUUCGAAAAAAGAGCUUUCUAUCGCUAAGAAAUCAGAGGAAUCAAAUUAGAAAGAAAAAUCAGCUUUAUUUCAAUGAAAUAAUCAUUCCCCUGUGAAUCAGACCCUCAUUAGUAUUUCUAUCGAGCUUUGAAAAUGGCUAGUCUCCGUCAGAAGUUGUUUUUGCGACUCGAAUUUCUAGAUUCACAGGUUUAUUGCCCUCGGAGUUAUUACAAAGAAACGAUUUCAGCUGACUUUUCGUCCUAUAUCACCUGACUCUCUUUAUUAUUAUUAGUAUUAUAAGAAGUAAUUCAGCUCCAUUGUUAUUUCUGAAAAAAGCCAUGGAGCAGUUGAUUGUCUACGGUUCCAUCGAUAACGUGCCUCUCUACAAUUGCAGGUUCGUUUCAUAAUCCAUCUUGCUAAACUCCUAACUCCGCAUCCUUGAAACUAAUGUGAAAACCAGAACCAGCCGGGAAAAGAUUUGAAGUGGGAGAUCAGAAUCUCAAGGUGGUUGAGCUUCCGAUGUUUCUUUUUCAUUUUAUAGUAGAGUUCUCAAAACUUUUUUUUUUUAAAAAACGCUUCGCGUUACCUUUUCGUCGCAGUAAAUUUAUCAAAUAUUAUUGAAGACGACAAAAGUGUUCGGAAAAAAAACCAGAUGGAAAAACUCAACUUUUCAAAACGCAGCUUCUUUGAAUCUUUUAAUUCCCGCUAAAAAACACUUCGCGGUCGUUACGUGUUACUAAAGUAGACUUCCAACAACGGUGUUUUGAUUUAAGCCUAACAGACCAUAAGUAUUAAUAUUUCAGUGGUCAAACUUUUGAAGAAUGGGCCGAAAUGCAAAGCCGUCCUAAUGUAAAACUGGGAAUCUUCCAUGUUAUCUAUGGAGCUAUAAUAGAGGUGCAUCAGAAUCUGGUGAAUAAUCUUCAAAAGAAAUUUUAGAUCCUCUACAUUCCUUGUUUGGCUGUGAUGAUGAAGAAGGAAUAUUUCAAGCAUUCCUGCUUCAAAAUCAUGGUUUUUCUCGGCCUCAUUGACAUGUGCAACAUUGGUCAGUUCACGCAUAAUAUCUUCCCUGGGACGUAAGAUAAGUAGAACCACAUCGCACUAUUGUUGUUCCGUGUUCAAAGGGAUUUCCCUGAAUUGGAAAAUGCUGUCAGAGAUUAGAAAAACAACGGCGAACUUCGUGGAACCGAUUCAAUUACGGAACUCAAAUGGGUUUCUUUCAAGAAGCGUAGUUUGAAAAGCCAAUUAAGUUUCGAAAUAACUAUUCUAACAAGUACUAAUUGCUUUUUUGAGCUUUUAUAUAAAUAAAGAGAAUUAAAAAAAUUGGUUAUUAAGCUGCGAGCUCAAUACUGCACGGAUCUUGGCUCAUCAAAGGCGUAUUUUUCUGCCAGUACCCAACUUUUCUUUAUAUCAGUGGAUGUUCUGCACUAGGUAAAAAUAUUCUCCUAAAAACCUCUUAAACGGGCGAACUUUCAACCGAACCCAUUCUUUCCAAAUCGGUUAAUUAUCAAUCCGAAUCGGAUAUAUUCAACCGAAUCCUAGAAAAUGUCCAAACAAACUUCCGAAUCAGGUUUUCUAUUCGAAUCGGCCAAAAAAAAAUGAAACCAAUUUUUAUUCAAAUUUUUUUUUUCUAUUCACUUUUAUUUAGAAUUACUGUGUAAUCAGAAAUUUAGUGUGACUGCGUCUGUGAAAGAUAAAGGUAGUACAGGUGAAGCCCAUCAAAACUUGAGACUGUCCAAACUAUUUCUGUAGCUCAGAUCUCAACGUGAGUUCAUUCCAAAUUUCAGUAUGACGGAAGUAAUUUGGAAGUAGAAGAUGGAAUACACCAACAGGUGAAGCAGUCACACUAAAUUUCUGAGUAUACAGCGAGUCUUAAUGAAAGUAAAUAGCAAAGAAAGAAAAAUUUGAAUGAAAAUUGAUUCAUUUUUUUUUAUUUGACCGUUUCGGAUAGAACACCCGAUUCGGAAGAAUAUUUGGACAUUUUCAAGGAUUCGGUUAAAUAUAUCCGAUUCCAAUUGAUAAUUAACCGAUUAGGAAAGAAUGGAUUCUGUAGAAAGAAGACCUUUAUACGUUUCUUUUCAAAGGGUUAUGGGCUUGCGGAUGCAUGAUAGCUUUAAUGUUAGCUACUAAUCGAGUAUUGGAUAUCGUUUGGAAGAAACAGUUCGAAUUCUUAUUCGGAAGGUUUGGUCGAUAACCAAAACCUGAAUAAAUAAAACGAAAGCUACAGGUACUUUUUGCACAUUCUCUUCGUUUUGCCGAUUCUUUAUGGUCUCUAUUUUUUCUUCUUCACUACGCCCACCGUUUUCAACUCUCUUCAUGAGCUGUGGUUCCUGGAUCCAUUGGUUUUUGAGAACAGAUCAAAUGAGGUACAAAAAGUUAAUGAUCUUGAUUUCUUGAUUGAUUUUUCUCAACAGUACGCCAACAUGUCGCAUACUGUGAAUAAUAUCCUUGUCGUAGUCGCGACUUGUGCACUAUAUUUGAUAUUUUGCUUCCGUAUCGAUGGGCGACUGAAAGGACAGAGCAAUUCGAGAGCACGAUUCCAAAAACAGGUAUAGCUAUUCACAAUAGUCGUGCAAACAAGGUUCAAUAAACCAGCUUGAACUACUGAUGAAAAAAUCUGAAAAAAUUGAGUCCGAAUGAGAACCCACUCUUUUUAAUUUUUAUUAGUUCCCUCGUUUAUAAGUAGAAACUAUAUUCAGUUUCUCACUCAAAAAUUUUUUUAAAAGUUAAAAUUAGGUAAAUCAUUAAGUUAAAUUUGAAGGAUUAAGUCAUACAUCGGCUGGGUCGACCCCAGACUUUUGCGGGCGAAAAAAAAUUGCAUCAAUUUGAGUGUUUUCUAAGAUUUAGGUAUCAUUUGAUGGCAAUUUUUUCUCCAAAAAAAAAAAAAUUUAACAGUGAAAUCUGAAUACUGUAAAUGCCGCAUCACGUAUGUGUAUCCAAAAACAGACGAAACAAUAAAAAAGAAAGAAAAGAAACUUGCGAACUAUCUUCAUAAAUGGCAAAUUCGAAACUUUCCUAGGCUACUAGUUCAGAUCCUCCUCCAAACUUCUCUAAUCUGCGCAGCCAACCUUUCUGCCUCAAUAACCUACGUUUUCGUGCAAUUCGUUCCUGUGCCGGCUUGGUUUGGUAUGGCGGCUCAUGCAAGUUGGCAACUCGGCUCAGGUUUUACCGAUUUUCAAUUGAAAGCGCAAAGUUUUUCCAGGGUUCCCAGUUUUAGUCUACCUGAUGAUUAACAAAACGAUUCGGAGCGAAAUUUAUGGCUGCUUCAAAAAAGUCACGAGUGGAGGUUUUGAAAAAUUAUCGACCGUGUUUCAGAAGACCACGAAUCACUCAUCUUCCAUCGAGCCGAAAAUUACUGGGAUGAAUGUUCAAUUAGAGACAAUAAAUUGAUUGAAAAACAAAUAAAAGACCCGUUUCGUGAGGAUCAAAAAGAAAUUCGAUUUUUAUUUGUGAUAAAUCGUUGAAUAUUGAAAGAUCUCAAUAAAGUUUCAUGUUUCAUUUCAUUUGUCUAAAUCUGGCUAGAAUUGAUCAAAAUGGUCUUUCAAAUGUAUAUUAAUUGGUUCAUUUUUGUUUUCUAGCGCUGGAAUGUUGCAAUUGAUGGGCGAACGUUCGAACGUGAAGCGGUUUAUCAGAACUCUAUAAAAAAAGCAAAAAAAUGAUCAAAAAAACUGAAGGUCUUGUACUUCAGGCUGCGUGGCCUGGCCCUUAUUCAAAGUUUUUCCUUAAAAAAAAUAAUUUUUUUAUUAGUUUAACCAUGGUUUUUUUGAACUUGAGGUUUAAAAAUUAAUCAAAGAGUAAUUUUUUGCCGUUGAAAAAACCUGAUGUUUGAUUUGAAGAUAAUGUGUUUUCGAUUUUUCUAUUUUUUACGAUCAUGUACUUUUGUUAUCAAAAUACACCCACAUUGUACCUAGACCCCAGAGAAUAUAUUGAGACAUUAUUUUAUAAUUUCCGGAGCCGAAAAUUGAGAAGAAGAACGAGAACUUGACUUUUGAACGGUUUUUAAGCCACUUUAUGUGGUAGGAUGGUAUACAAAGAAAAGCAGGUACAAAUAUUCUAGAUGAAAUUCGCGAGAAUAUUGUUUUCUGCUUUUUGGGGCGCGCCGUAGCGCAACAGGUUGUGUGUCUGUCUACGGUCCACAGGGUCACAAGUUCGAGAUCCGUCUCGACCCAACCGAGGGGUUUAAGAAAUGUUGGUAGUGGGAAACCACGACUUCCAAAAUCCCUAGCCUUCACACACAAGGACGGAUAUGUCACUCGAGCCAGUCCACUGAUAUCAGGAUAGGACCUCGGCUAAUCGACUUGGGCGCCGACGCCGCUCAAGCGGUACAAAGGCGUGGGAAGAAGAAGAAGGAUAUUGUUUUCUGCUUUUUGACGAUGAUGUACUCCUGUUAUCAAAAUACAUUCAUCAAAGCUCUAGAGAAUAGCUUGGCAAGCCUUUUAAUCAUAUCUUAAACGAUAUAAAUAAGAAAAAUUUAAGCUCCGCGGUGAAAAAAAUCUUUCAGUUUUCGGUUUGAAAUCAGUUAUGGAGCAAUUGAUAGUCUACGGUUCAAUUGAGAACAUGCCACUCUAUAACUGUAGGUCAGUUCAAAUUUAAAUUUCAAUUGCUCUGAAUUCCAAAAGGCCUUGGGAUGUCGCGCUUCAUUUUGGCCUCUAGGAAAGUGAUUCCAAUCGGAAUUAAUUCUCUAGUCGCACCCGACUCUGAGCGACUUUUUUUUCCUAUGCUACAAGACAGGGCAAAUACUUUGUAUUUAAGUGCUUUGAAAAAACUUCAUUUUGUUAAAAAAAAAAAUGGUCUCGAAGCGUUUCCAAUCGUUCUCAAUGAUAUUUUUUAUUUUUUUUGUAAUCUAUGCGUCUUUAAACUACCCAGUGAAGAAUUCAGAAUAGAAAACUAGUUUAGUCGAGCCGGAAGGCUGGUUUGCGGUAUUCUUCCCCAAUAAUUUCUCUUAUACGUACUAAAAGUGUUACGUUCAGUGGUCAUACUUUGGAAGAGUGGGCCGAGAAGCAAAGCCGCCGUAACUUUAAAACGGGAGUAAUUGACUUUAUUUAUGGAAUUACAAUGGAGGUGAGAAAAUUUCUAAUAUCUUUUAGAAAAUUCCAGAUUCUCUACAUUCCUUGUAUCGCGGUGAUGAUGAGAAGGGAGCAUUUCAAAAUAUCGUGUUACAAAAUCAUGGUUUUACUGAGCUUCAUUGACAUGGGCUGCAUGGGUGAGUCUACUCAAUCACACCCUUCAUCGCAAAAAUUUCUGAGUUGUCUGCGCUCUCUUCUCUCUCAUAGACCAAGACAUGAACAUAUAAAAAGAGGAAGAGCUCAAACAAAUCAGAAAAUUUCAAGCUGAGAAUGAUUUAAUACAACGGAAAUACCGAAAUUUGGAGUUUUUAGUGGAUAGCUCAAUACUACAAGGAAUUUUUCUCAUGAAUGGCUUCUAUUUCUGCAAAUACCCGACAUUUUUCUAUGCUUGUGGGUCUAUCGGAUUAGGUGCAGAACGUUGUUGUUUCAAAUGAUUAUAAAACUCCUAAAUUCCAGGAGUCUGGACUUCUGAAUGUAUGACGGCCCUGAUGUUGGCCGCACAACGAGUUUUGGAUUUGGUGUGGGCGAAAAAAGUCGAUUUUCUUUUUGGAGGGUGA